CUCCCCGCGCCUCAAGGGUCCCUCAGCACCUCAGGAGCUCCUGUGCCUCAGGGGAACGUCCCGCGCCCCAGGGGGUCCCUCCGCUCCUCACAGGGCUCCCCAGCGCCUCAGAGGGACCUCAGGUGCCCCAAGGGAACACUCGUCUGCCUCUGGGCUUGCCCCGUGCCUCAGAGGAAGCCCCCGCACCUCAGGGGUCCCUCAGUGCCUCAGGGGUCCCUCAGGGGUCCCUCAGGGGAGUCCCAGCGUCUGAGGGGCUCCCACGCCUCGGGGCACACUCCCCUCGGCAGCUCAGGGGGUCCCUCCGCUCCUCACAGGGCUCCCCAGCACCUCAGGGCGACCCUCCUUUGUCUCUGGGGUUUCCCCCGUGCCUCGAGGGUCCCUCAGUGCCUCAGGGACAGCCCGCGCCUCAGCACGCGGCUCCUCCCGCCCCUCAGGGAGUCCCUCCGGAGCCAUCCCUCCGCUCUUCACAGGGCUCCCCAGUGCCUCAGGGGAACCCCCCGCACCUCAGGGGGACCCUCCUCUGCCUCUGGGGCUUCCCCCGCUCUUCAGAGGGACCCUGGCGCCUCAGGGGGUCACUGCCCUCCCACGCCUCAGGGGUCCCCCAGCACCUCAGGGGUCCCUCGGUGUCUCAGGGGUCCCUCAGUGUCUCAGGGGUCCCUCGGUGUCUCCAGGGUCUCCUGCGCUUCAGCCCCACCGCCUCUUCCCUCCCCCCGUGCCUCAGGGGACCCCAGCCCCUCAGAGGUGCCUCAGCCCCCCGCGCCUCAGGGACCCCCAGUGCCUCAUGGCGGCAUCAGGCGCUGCCGUGCGAGGGGCAGGACCUGGCCCCAUAUGGGGCCCAGCCACUCAAAAAAACCCGCCAGAGACACCCCCAAAAUAGACUUUUAACCCCAUCUUUGGAGCCAUGGCAUCUUUUAGGGGCUGUGAUGCCUCACAUCUCCAACAUCAGGCACGAGGGGCAGGGCUGGGGGGGUGCAGGGGUGAGGGGGCAAAGUCCCGCAAGGAUGGGGUUUCCUGAGGGUGAGGGUUGGUUUUUCCCAUUUAAUAUUAAUUUCCUGAUAUUUGGUGAUAAAGUGGCUGCCAAGUGGUUGAGCACUGGAGUUCCAGGGCGCCUUCUGUCCCCUCCAGCCCAGUGUUUAGUUACAAGUGGAAGGCAGGUCUUUGAAAUACAGGAUGGCUACUCAGCAGCUAGUCAGGCAAAAGAAGAAGUCCUCUAAGGAAGCAGUGCUGUUCCCUGAUGCCAUGGCCACGGAGCCGCAGUCUCUGGUGCUGGUGAAGAGGCUCCUGGCCAUCUCCGUGUCCUGUGUCACCUACAUGAGGGGGCUGUUCCCAGAGAGCUCCUAUGGAACCCGCUACUUAGAUGACCUGUGUCUAAAAAUUCUCCGCGAAGAUAAAAGCUGUCUGGGAUCAUUGCAGAUAGUCAAGUGGAUUCAAGGUUGUUUUGAUGCUUUGGAGAAGCAGUAUCUACGCAUCGCUGUCCUUGCAAUUUACACCAAUCCCAAGGAACCGGAGGUAGUGACUGAACUGUACGAAUUCAAAUUCAAGUAUAAAAAGAAGGUGCCAGAGAUGGACAUCAGCAGCAACCACAGGGAGUUUGUGACUGGGCUGUGCAGUGAGGACAUCAAACAGGCCAGCAGGCUCCUGCUCCGUAAGCUCUACCUGCUCAUGCAGAACCUGGGGCCACUGCCCAAUGACAUCACCCUCACCAUGAAACUCCUCUACUACAACGAUGUCACUCCCAAAGAUUACCAGCCCCCCGGCUUUAAGGAAGACGCCAGCCCUGGUGACCUGUUGUUUGGAGGGGAUCCUGUCAACCUGAGAGUGGGCUCAGUCUCCACCGACUUCCACCUCAUGAAAGUGAGAGUGAUGACUGAGAAGAAGAGGGUGAGGAAGGCUCACAGCAAGCUGAUCCAGAAGAGGAGCCCUACUGAGAUCUCCCACCAAGGGCUAGACUGUGAGGAGGAGGAAGAGGAGGGGAGCACCAAGAAUCACCCUCUCCCUGUCAGCGUAGAUUCAAGUGAGCAUGAAGGGAACAAAAAUAACACCCCCCCAGGCAGGAAAGGGGAAGCACCUUCUUUGUGCCUUCAAGAUACAGGUAGAAAGAAGAAGGCAGGAAUAAAAGAGACAGGCAGGAUGCCUUGCUCAAGGGCAUCCCAGCAGAUAAACCUCCUGAACCUUGCCUUUAGCCAGGAAGAGGUAACAGGACCUGAGAAGAAAAGGAAGGUCAGUGAACCAGAGAAGCUGCCUCUGAACAGCAGGAAAUUAUGUUCAUUCUGACACAGAAUACAUUUUGGAAGGUGUGAGUUUGCACUGUCAUCUGACUGGUGCAGACCUUUCCUUCUCCCAGUGUUUAACCCUUCCGCGUGCCCUGUGUAUUUGUGAAUGUUUGUCUCAUGAAAACUCUGGAUUGCAGAGAGACAACAAGCCCCAUAAUUGUCAUGGCAUUGUCAACAACCAGCCCUUGUUUGAUGUUCUAAAGUUGAGGAUUUAUAAUUCUGUGCCAGUGGUGUCUGUGUGCUUCUUUCUGCCUCCUUCCCUCACACCUCCCACCUCUCACUGGCUAAAUUCCCUCCUCUGGGGCUGGUGUGUCCUGUGCCACUCUGUCACCCAUGUUGAAUGGCACUAUUUCAAGAUGAACUCUGAGGUGUCAGUGCCAGAGAGCACCAAGUCUCAUGAUCCACUAGAUUGUGCUUAACUCCAUCCUGUCUGCUGUUUCCGGAGCAUAGAUUUUUAUUUCAAAGAAGAGGUGUUAUCUAUAUUGAGUAAAGAGAUAAACCAAUCUAUACACA